AUGCCUCCUCUCAACACUUCUCGCCCCUCCCCCGUCACCUUCUUUCUGCUGGGCAUCCCAGGACUAGAGCACCUGCACGCCUGGAUUGGGAUCCCCUUCUGCUCCAUGUACGUGGUGGCCGUGGUGGGCAACGUGACCAUCCUGGCCGUGGUGAGGGCGGAGCGCAGCCUCCACGAGCCUAUGUUCCUGUUUCUGUGCAUGCUCUCAGGCACCGACCUGGUCCUCUCCACAUCUACACUGCCCCGUAUGCUCUGCCUCUUCUGGCUCGGAGCCCGUGACAUCGCCUUUGAUGCGUGCCUGGCCCAGAUGUUCUUCAUCCACAGCUUUACUGCCAUGGAGUCGGGUUUCUUCCUGGCCAUGGCCAUUGACCGUUAUGUGGCCAUCUGUGACCCACUGCAUCAUGCCACCAUUCUCACCCGUACCCGCAUUGCCAAAAUGGGAGCUGCUGUGCUACUUAGGGGAGUGGCCUUCUUUUCUCCACAUCCCAUCUUGCUCAAGCAGCUGCCCUACUGCAGAACUCGAGUCAUUGCCCACACCUACUGUGAGUUCAUGGCUGUGGUGAAGCUGGCAUGUGUGGACACAGGAGCCACUAAGCGCUACAGCCUCAGUGUGGCCUCUGUCAUUGGAUGCUGUGAUGGAUUUUUCAUUGCUGUCUCUUAUGUUCUAAUCCUCCGUGCAGUCUUUCGUCUUCCAUCACGGGAAGCAAGUCUUAAAGCUCUGGGCACAUGUGGCUCCCAUGUCUGUGUCAUCCUCGUUUUCUACUCCACAGCUGUCUUUACCUUCCUGACCCACCGCUUUGGCCACAAUGUGGCUCCCCAAAUUCAUAUCUUCAUUGCCAAUAUGUACCUUCUGGUACCACCCUUUCUUAACCCCAUUGUUUAUGGUAUUAGGACCAAGAAAAUUCGAGACCAUGUCAUUAAUUCUCUAAGGGUGAAAAUUGCCUGA